AUGGGCACUCCCGAGUUCACCCUCGCCGCUGCCGAGAAGCAGGCCGGCAGAAAGGCGUGGGCGUAUCGCCAGUUCAUCGGCAAGACGCCGCUCGUGGACAAAAAGGACGCCGAGCAGGUUGCCGGCAAAACUGCCAUUGUCACCGGCUCCAACAUUGGCCUGGGCCUCGAAACCGCCCGCCAGCUUCUUGAUCUGGGCGUUGCCAGGCUGAUUAUGGCCGUGCGCACCGUCUCCAAGGGCGAAAAGGCUCGGGAAAAUCUGCUUGCCGGCCGAAAAGACUUCAAGGGCGAGAUUGAGGUCUGGGAGCUUGACAUGCUCUCAUACGACUCCAUUCAAAAGUUUGCGGAGCGCACCAAGACUCUGGAUCGCCUCGACAUUGCCAUCUUGAAUGCCGGCGCUUAUCGGGCGUUUGAGGAGUUCCACUCAUCCACCGGCUAUGAAGACAGCAUCCAGGUCAACUACCUGUCGACCAUCUUUUUGUCAAUCCUGCUGCUGCCGGUUCUCAAGGAGAAGGCGCAAACAAAGCCCGGGCGUCUCACUAUUGUCUCAUCCGACACGGCCUCCUGGGCCAAGUUCGAGGAGAGAAAAGAGCGCCCGCUUCUUGCUUUCUACAAAAAGAAGACAGACCCCAAGAACUGGAACCAUGCAGAGCGCUACGGAACGAGCAAACUGCUGGGCCAACUCGGCGCGAGCAAGCUCGUGGAAAAGGUGUCGUCUUCCGCCGUCGUCUUGAACCUGGUCAAUCCGGGCCUGUGCUACGGCACCGAAAUCGUCCGUGAUGGCGACGGCCAUUUCCUUGGCACGAUCUACAGGCUGGGAUUCCGCGCACUCGGCAAGCCAGCUCCUGUUGGCGCCCGAAGCAUCGUGCAUGCAGGUGUCUCUUUUGGCGAAGCAUCGCAUGGGCAAUACACAGAAGAUGGCGAGAUUCGUCCACUGGCUGCCCUUCUCUACAAGCCAGAGGGCAAAGAAAUCGCCACUCAGCUAUGGGAAGAGACAUUGGCCGAGCUACCCUCUGCUCCUGUUCAGGAGUCGCUGCAGGCAUUGAGCAACUAA